AUGCUGCUUCCUCCACCGGUUGGCACGGCGCUGCCUCUCGUCAAGACGCUCGCCGAUACCGUAGACUUCAGCAAGACGGUCCUCCCCUUCAUCGACCAACUCUACACGCUGCCUCAGCAGAUUCUACAAGCAGGCCUUGAUACUCAAGCCCUCAAGCAUGUGUAUCUGUCCACCAACCCCCUGAUCUCCGCCUUCGCCUUUUCGCUGGCAAUCACGCCCAUCUUCUUGGUCGUCUCCGAGAUCAACAGAAACUACUCGCAGGUCGAUCGCUGCUGGAGCUUGCUACCUACCGUCUACCACAUCCACUACGAUAUCUGGGCUCGUAUGAAUGGCCUCCCUACUCAGAGACUUGAUAAUGUACUGGCCUUUAGUGUUAUGUGGUCCAUGCGCUUGACCUUCAACUACUGGCGCAGAGGUGGAUACAGCAUCGGCUCCGAGGAUUACCGAUGGGAGACAGUACGCAGCUGGGUCAAUCGCCCGCUCUUCUUCAUCUUCAAUGUUUUGUUCAUCUGCAUCGCCCAGAGUGUUCUGCUCUUCAUGGUCACCACUCCCACCUACAUCCUCAUGCUUGCCUCUCGCGUUUCUGGCCAGGGCAUGAACACCACCGACGUCGUCGUCGCCCGCGUCCUCAUGGCCCUCGUUGUCCUCGAAUUCUUUGCCGACGGCUCCCAGUGGAACUUCCACAAGGCCAAGCACGCUUACCAAAAGACGGCCAAGGUUCCUGCUGGUUGGACUCGCGAGGACCUCGAGCCAGGCUUCAACACUACUGGACUUUUCCGCUACUCGAGACACCCCAACUUCCUGGGUGAGCAGCUCGUCUGGGUCACAUUGUACCAAUGGUCUUGUCUCGAGACCAACUCAUUGUACAACUGGACCGGUUUUGGUGCCAUGUCGUACCUGAUCCUCUUCCAAUCUAGCACUUGGCUUACCGAGAAGCUGAGCGCCGAGAAAUACCCAGAGUACAAGAUCUACCAGCAGAGAGUCGGCAAGUUCUUGCCCAAGCUGACUGGUCCCGGCUGGGGAGCGUAUUUGGAGGCGCAGAAGAAGGCCCCCAAGAAGAAGUAG